UCUCCCAGACAGAACAGAUGAAGAUCUCAGAGCCAUCCUUAACUCUUCAAGUGAAAAAAGAAAAGGAGGGAGUGGCUAGUGGAUGGAUGUUGGCGGCAAAAGUGAUGUCAACAAAAGUGCUAGGGCUGCAUAAGAUCCGAGAAAACAUGAAUGCAGACUGGAAGCUAAAAGGGUCUUUUGCUCUAGCCAGAUUCAAUGAGAAAUGCUUCUCCAUCAGCCUUCAGCUCAAAGACGACUAUGAUAGAAUCCUGGAGGAACGCCCUUGGAAUAUAGCGAACCAGCACAUCAACAUCAAGGAAUGGCAGGGGGACAUCCCAAUGGACAACAUAGACUUUACAUCUUCACUAUUCUGGGUGCAAGUUAAAGGUCUUCCCCCGAACCAGGUGAACGAAGAGAAUGCCAGGAGGAUAGCAACGCUUUUCAACAGGUUUGUAGAGCUGGAUAUGGACCACAGGGCCCCUCUGUGGAGACACUAUUUCCUCAGGAUCCGUAUUGAACUUGACAACUCUAGCCCUUUGCUUGCUGGCUUCCACAACACGACGGAUGCCACAAAGAGAGAAUGGAUCAGAUUCAGGUUUGAAAAACUGCCUGAUAUUUGUUUUUUCUGUGGUAAAAUGGGACAUACAAGAAGCUUCUGUGAGACAAGGAUUACAGAGGAAGAAGCUGGGAUCUUCUAUGCGGGGAAAUACCGAUAUGGGCUAUUCAUGAGAGCCAACCCACCAAGGAGAGCAAGGGAGAUGAUAGCAACUCUGGACAGCUUAACUAGUAUUCAACCUACUGUUCAGACGAAUGCUAGUGCAAAUGCUACAAACGUGGAUGCAAGCAAUGGUGGACUGGGAAGCAUAAACAGCCAGGAGAUAAGGGAACAAAUCAGCUUCCAAAACACCUAUGAGUAUGAUAUUGAAGAACAGCUGGCCAGAACAGAAAAUGUGAAUGUCAACCCAGGUGUCCACUCCUUCCAAGAGGUAAUCAAUUCUGAAUUCAUCAAUACUGGAUUAAUGGACCUAAACCAGUUCUCUAUGCCUGUUUUAUCAACACCAAUGGCAACCAACAGAGCGAUCAAUGAGUACAACUAUGACAUGAACUUCCCAGGGAGCUACACCCCCCAAUAUGAAAACAACACGGUUCAACGAGUCCCAAGAGCUAUCCUUCAAAGUGUGUCACAAGAAACAAGGGAGAAGUAUACAAAACUGGAACAACAAAACCAGCAAGCUAUGGAACAACAGGUGGCAAUGAUUGUGGAAUUCUUUUAUGGCAAACACAACAAAGACAAGCAUAGCCAGAUAGUUUCAGAUAAAGACAUGGAGGAGAUCAGGGCGCUUCUGGCUGACAUCAAUCCUUCAUAUGGACUACCCACUUCCAUAGCAGAUUUCCAAUCAGCAAAGGAACAAACUUGUGUCACUCAAAUAGAAAAAGCAGUGAAAGCACGCACCUGGAAGAAACAACCCAGGAAAAAUGCAAAGACCACCAAAGCUGGACCAGACUUAAACAAAGUACCAGCUACUAGAGGAAGAGGAAAAGGCAAAAGGAAGCUGUCCAAUACUGAAUUUGAAAAGGAAAGUGAAAGUCCUGCUGCUCAGUUGGCCAGAACCCAGGGUCCACAAACAAUCUUCAACAUGAAUGAGAUGGUAAACACAAAUCUGAUAAUCCAAGGAGCUGAUAUUGGGAAAGGACAAGAUCCCCAACAAAACCAAGAGGCAGAGGCAAGAAUCAAGGGCACAAAGAACCAGGUGGCUGAAGGCGAUGAGGCUAGCCUUAAGGAGCCUCAAGGGCCAAAAUGA